GACUUGAAUUCGCAGCCGUUCUAGGGCGCCGCCAUUUUCUCGCGACGGUGGCGCCGCGAUGCGAGCUCUGGCUGUGGACUGCGGGCAACGCGAAUCGCUGCACUGGCGGAAGCAGGAGCGGUGGCAAUGAAUUCCUCUUCAAGCGGACCGUUGACGCUUAAAAUUGGCGACCGUGUUCUGCCGCAUCCUCUUUCCCUCGCGGCCAACGAAUGGAAAGACGAUAUGAAACUCUGGCCCUCCCUGCAGGAAAACCACAUUACGUAUUAUCUGCUGAAAACAAAAGCCUGCGACCUGGAGGACGUCCAAGCCAUCAAGAGCUUAGACUCAUAUAACUACGUAAUAAGCGGUAAAGUGGGUCAGCUCCUCGUUUGCCAGGCUGACAAAGGGACAUGCUUCAUAAAAGGGAAAGUCUCUCCUUCGCAAGCUGACUCUGACCGGCCAUAUGAAACAUGGGUUUGCAUAGGAAAUGAUUGCCGUAUCUGGACCGGGUCGUGCUCCUGCAAGGUCGGAUUGACGACCGUGUGCAGCCACGUAGGGGCAGUACUAUGGAAGAUCGAAUUCGCCAGCCGAAAAGGUCUGACCGGGGAGAGCUGCACUGACAGGAGUGCAAAGUGGAACCAGGGCACGAAGAGGAAUGUUACACCAGCACAGAUAGAUGCCAUGGACUUUAGGCUACGAAAGGAAUUCAACGACCUGCAGCAUGAAGGGAAGAAGCUUACUACAAAGCGAUAUGAGACUCACGAGCAAUAUGUGGGAGAGAUGCAGCAGUCCACAAUAGCACCCCUUCUUGACAUAAAAGGGAGUCUCCUCCACCAGGCUGUAACUGCAAAAAUCUCCACUAGUGUGCAUGCUAAAAAUAAUCUUACGGAAACCGUGCCCAAGCUCACUCAUGGUUCACAUGAGGACGAAGACGACCUGUUGGUGUGCGAGACAUGCUCAGACUUCUACAGCAAAUGGGUAAACAUUAAAGAACCCGUUAGGUUAAGACUCAUGGAGCUCACACGCCAGCAGACUGGAAAGCUUUGGGAAGCUAGCCGUAAGUUGCGUCUCACCGCUUCCAAUGUGUCGAAAGUUCCAAGGAAAAAAGACACUCCGCCAGAUAAUUUCGUCAAGUCACGCCUUUUCAGUCAGUUUAGGGGCAACAAGGCAACAAGUCAUGGGCAAAGGCUGUCAGAAUUCUACUUCAGGCAGUAUUUGCCAAGGCUUGUUAAUGCUGUUCACAGCAACAGCUUAGACAUAUCUGAAUACAAGGAUGCUGUACUCGCGAAAUAA